AUGGCGACCCUCUCCAACUCACCAAUCACGCAGGUGUCGCAGACACCCGUGCAGACGAACCUGCAGCCCCACCUUUUAACGAGGUUGCUCCUUGAUUUGCGCGGAAGGCGGUUCUCCGUUGACCGAGAGACUAUAAUGAAUCUUCCGGAAUCCGUCCUCCUCUGUCUCUUUCCAAAUGGCCUUGUUCUAAGCCGGCAGAGCGCAGCUUUAUCAGAUGGUGGAGACAAUGACGACUACGAGGAGCUGUACGGAGUCGAUUUUGACCCUGAAUGUUUCGCCUACGUGCUGACGUUCUUCCGCAAUGCCUCGGACGCAUUUUAUGGCACCGCUACUAUACCCGGCUUGUUUGCAGCGCAACAGCAGCUGCUCGAGGGUGGAAGCUCCCCAACGUCCGAUUUCGGGCCGUCACCAUCGCAGAACCCGCUCCUCACCAAACAGGCCAUCAUCGUCUUGCGGGAGGAGCUGGAAUACUUUUCUAUUCCGCCAAAGGACGGUAAAGCAUUGACAAAUACGAACGGCAUCGCCAAUGACGCGCUCCUCGAUGUGAAAAAGAAAUGCGGCGAAUUCCUCCUUCACAAACGCAACAUUUUUACCGCACUACAACGGAAUGUGAAUAAGGAAAACAACAUCGCGGAGCAACACUUGAUUGAUAUGUUGUGCAUGAGUGGGUUUGAUCGGCAGGAUGAGUGGGGAUAUCGUGCCAUGGAACCGUCACGAUGUUGCAUCUCGUCAAUAGCGCUUGUGCUGCUGAAGACCGGGAUAGAGCACCACCCUCCUGGUCCCACCGGUGAGAGGCAAGUCACCAUUGACUACAAUCAGAUGGCGACAGCACAGAAGCUACUUUUGUUCUGGAGGAAACCGGCGCGGAAGUGCUGGUGGGACGGCAUUGAGGUGAAUCUGGCAAGUCCCGGGGAACCUGAAAAGAACAUCAAACUUUGGUCACGGAGAGUCUGGACUCUGGAAUUGAGUUUGGUGUGA